AUGCUGUCAACACCUGCGGCCGAACCUUGCGUAGGAACAUCGACCCCCAAACGCGCCUACGCAGCAGUUGCAGCCAUCAACAAGCCCGCUGUGACGCAAACAAAGCGGGCCAAAGCAAAAGGGGGUAAACAAACCCGUGGCACAUCACAGCCACAGACUAGUCCUAAGAAGGACACGUGCGACAAGGAUGGCUUCAUAAAGGUAGAAAGGAGAAAAAAGAGGCCAACUUGUAGGAAUAAGUGCGGAACUGCACAAACUGGACCAAACAUCCUGCUGCGUCCUGCAGUACCAACGACGCAGUUGUACGUGUCCCGUCUACAUCACACCACGACGGUGGAGCAGAUCGUGGAGUAUGUCCGAUCCAAGACCAACUGGACCUUGAGGGUGGCUAAGUUGGAGUCGCGCCACAAUACGAACUUUAAUUCGUUCAUGGUGCGAGUUCCAACUCAUCACGUCGAGACAUUCCUCAAGGAAGAGUUUUGGCCGAAGGGUGUCGCAUAUCAGAGGUUCCGAGGAUGGCUACGCGUCACCACGCAGCGUAACACGACGCCGACACUUCGCGUGCAUUAG